AUGGGUAAUGAAGGAGAUGAAUGUGACUCGUUAAAUCUAUUGACUGUCGCCAGUCAAACUGAUGUUAUUGCAUUUUUACAAACACAAGCAGCAAAAAUAACCGGUUUAAAUUCAAAUACUAGUGAUGACGAUGAUGAUGACAUUUCAAUAUGUCAUAGUUCUUUAUCAAGAUCUACUCAAAUAUCAUCAAAAAAUUUAAAUAAUCAUAAAAAAUCAUCUUUAAGUCAUUCUUGUUUUGCUUCAAUAUCAAAUUCAUCAUCACAAAAACAAACUAUUUCAGAUGAUUUAACUGAAUUAAAAUGGUUAAAUACAUUUAAAUUGAAAGAAUAUAAAGAUAAUAAAACUAAUCAUAAUAAUAAUAAUAAUAAUAAUUUAAAAGAGAAAAUUUUUCAAUAUAUAAAUUCAAAUGAUGAUCAAAUAAGUAAAUUAUGUCAUGAAUUAAAAUCUUAUGAUGAUGAAAAUUUAAAUAUAAAUUCUCUAUCAUUUGGUGUUCUAAUAUUUCUUGCUUUAUAUUCUAAACGUUAUGAUAAACAAACACCAUGGUUAUUAACUUUAAAACAAUUAUAUGAAUAUAUACAAAUAAAUAUAAAACAAAUAAUAAAUAAACGUGGAUGGAAAGAUUUAUUAAAACAAACAUUAAUUAAUAUUCCAUGUUUUAUUAAAACAAAACGUAUUAUACUUAAAUCCCGUUCUGUAUGGACAAUUGAUCCAUAUUAUCGACCAUUAUUAACACGAGCUUAUUUAAGUCGAUUAUCAUUACAAAUAAAUAAAACAAUAUCUACAAAUCAAAAUGAUGAGAAACAUAUAUUUUUAGAUAAAAAUUAUUUGUCAGAAUCAAUUAUUAAUAAUUUUGCACCUAAAUCAACAGUGAAAACAAAAGUGCUUCCUCGUCUUUAUGAACGACUUUGUGAAGAAAAAACAGAAAAUGACUAUGAAGAUGAAACAGAUUCAAAUAAUAUUGUUAAAUAUCAAUGUACUCCAAUUUCAGGGCACAAACGACCUCGUUCUACAUUAACAUCCAGUCCUCAUCAAUUUGCAAAAGAUAACAAUGAAAAAUGUCAUCUCUCAUCGUCUUCAACAUCAAUAACAAAAUUAUCUAAACGAAAUAAAUUACAUUCAGAUAUUGAAUCAAAAUUAUCAAUAUUAAAUAAAGAAUCAACUAUUAUUACACCAUGUCCAAGUAUCGAUCAUAUGUAUUUAAAUCCAAUAGAACAACAAAAUAAUUCAAGUCUUAAACGAACUAAAUCAAUUGAAUAUAAGAAACCAACAAUUGAUGACGAUGAUGAACGUGAUAGUAAUUCAUUAAUAAAUUUAAUUGAUAAAUCAACUAUUACAACUCAAACUCAAAUAUCAACAAAACAAAUUAUUCAAAAUAUGAAUAAAAAAGGUUUUGUUCAACGUCGAAAAUCUUAUUCAUCGAAAAAACGUUAUUCUCUUACAUUAUCAUUAAAUCGACCAAAUACACGUAUAAAUAGAAAAAUAAUUGAAGAAGAUUUAGAAUUAUUACGACACGCAAAUAAUAAUUUACAACCACUUGAUCUUUCUUUUAUACCUUCUAAUCAAUCAUCAUCAUUUAAACAAUCAAUACAUAAAAACGAACGAUUCAUACAAUAA